UCAAAGCUGAAUUCUUGGCUAGCAAUGACGACAGCUAUACUGCUAGAGAAGUGUUGGAUGAAGGAGGAAGAGAAUCUUCGUUGGCCAAAGCAGUACACGACAAAGGCCAGGACGCACCAGAAGAGCAGAAUGAUUCAGGUACUCUCGGGUCUAUCUCUGGAAAAAGUCGAAUACACUAAAGUGUAUUACGAGCAGGAUGUAUUCAUUUCUAUGUACUGAGGCUGCAGUAUACGUGCUAAUAAAAAAAAGUAACAAUUUUCCGCUUGUUGCGCUGUCAUGUUUGAGAGAUUGCGAGAGCAACAUGGAAAAUCGAGAAAGUAACAAGGGAGGCGUCGAAAUAUACGUUGUCCGAUAGGUGAGACGCGUUGUCAAAUUACAGGUAGCAUCACAAGGCUCGGACCGACUGCGUCAUUGGAGGACUUCUGUGGAUUGCCGGAUUUUCAGCAUUCUCUGGUCGUUGUGACCGACAGUGUUCAAGCGAGGAAUAAAAGUGCUAACGCGACCGUAACUAAUGGAGAAGAUGAACAAGACGAAGACGGAGAGGCAACGCAUAGCAUAUCUGACCUCGUACCAGCACCAGUUGAACAAGAGGAGGAAGAAGACGCUACCAUUAUGGUCCAACCUGAGGACAUCACCGCUGUCGAAGUUCCCAGCGGCACGAAGGGCUAUCGAUAUCAAGCGCUGCAACAGAACAAAGAUACGGAACACAAAUUAUCCCUAUAAGUAUGAAUCAGAGUAGAGUCUUCGUUUAUGUAGGUGUUGUUUAUCUGUCGCACCAGACUACAUAUCGAUCAUUACCAAACUAGAAAGUCGGCUCUUCGUCUUCCGCAACCGGCGCUAACCUUGUUGCCAACCACUUCACUGUUGAGCCAAAGGUUAAGGUAUGGUUACUCGCAUUUAGAUUUCGCAUUCGCUUCUUUUUUUCAUAUUUUCGGCGAACAAGAAGCCUUCAGAUGCGGCAAGUAGAACUCCUGACAAACUUGAUCGUACACGGAUAUCGUCAACCGAGGUCGAGCGGAUGGAAGAAUCGCUACGCAAGCGCUAUGCGAAUUUGACAUGCUUACAUCGUGACACCGCAGCAAAGGACAAGGAAGCUGGUACGGCUGGCGCUAGUAGUACAGUUAGGGGAUACAGAUCUCCUUGGUUAUUUUUCACGCACGUCCAUCAUCUUUGGUUUCUUUUUGAUUGAUAAGGACAAGCGAGCCAGAAACAAUGUACUUAGAUGUGCUGAAAAAGAAUGUCUAAUUGUAUCCACCUCAUUCUCUAACGGGAACGGCCAAAAUACGGCAGGCGCUGACGAGCAUGACAAGCUUCAGUCGCAAAAGGACACUUGCAUUGUGGGAGUUCAAGAGUCACCUUUUAGCAUGACGGUUUCUGUGCGCACUACUGUCGACCAACAGAAGCAAACUUGUUCUCCGACACCCCUCAAAAGCACCACGAUGUCGUUGCAGGUUCUUGAGGAUCCGCCCACCACCCUUCCCAACAAGUAUACUGUUAUGCUGGGUGGAUCCGGCUCUACUGGCUCUGCCGAUAUACCGGAAAGUCAUCAGACUUCUGGGACAACUCGGAAAGAUCAUGUAAUCAAAAUGGUAGGAGAAGAGCAGACUUCUUCUUCUUCUGCGUCAACUAAUCGCGAUUUGGAUUUGGUCGUUCUGGAAAAUGAUGCAUCUACUAGGGUUUUGGCGUCAGGAGAGCGGCCACACCUGUCAUCUCUGAAGGUCUCAACGCUUGUUGGCUUGCCUACACAGUUCGCUCUUGGUUCUGCACCGAUUGGUUCAUCAGCAGCCUUACCGUCACUGGAAGCCGCCUCGCCAGGAUGUAUAAUAGAGUAAGUAAAAUAUCGGGUUUCGAGUUGCUCGAGUUGCCGAAGCGAAGGGCUUCAAUUCUGGAACGAGUUGCCACGAGUUGCCGUAAGAUAUCCGCUUCACCGGAAUGCGGCGCAGCAGGGCGGCGCGGCCACGGUUUUGGCUGCGUGAAGUGAAGAAGUGGCUGCUUUUGUUGUUGCUCUCUCAGGAAGGGGGCAAUCGGUUGCGAAGGAAGGGCUCCCCCGCGAGCCCUUCCGGCAUUUUCUCUUGUAGCGUGUGGGCGCGCGUUUGAAGCGCAGGCAUUGAGGGGUCGACGGCUUCGCCUCGUUGUUGUUUUUGUUUGAGGGAGGAGCGUGUCGCUGUGGCUUGUCGUUGGGUCGUUGCCAGUCUCUCCCUUUUUUCUUCGGAUGUGUGCGUGGCCAAUGAGUCCCUUUUGGGGCUGGGGGUGGCAGUGGGUUCCCGUCUGCUCUGGAGAGCGGCCCACUCAGCCCAGGAAGUAAGUAGACUAGGCUUGGCCACUCUCGUCUCUGGUGCGCAUUAAGAAGAAAACCAGGGAGCGGAGGCAUGGCGUGGAGUGUCGUACGCUCCUGCUAAGGUAUCCCAGAGCCUCAUAAAGCUGCGCCCGAAGGGCGCCGCGCAAAAAAUUACUGCGAGCAACUCGAGCAACCCGAGAAACUCGACCCGUGCCGGGCCAAAAAAUUCCUAAUUCUAGUAUAAAUAUAGAGACUUAUGCUUGAAGAAACAAGAAAGACACUAUCACCACUACGAGAGUUGUAAGGAGGGUGUGAAGUAGAUACGCGCUUGAUUGUUGUGUUUGAUGAGUGGCUCUGAUGUUACUGCCUCUUCGAUUCAACGAAAAUUGGAAGUCGUCCUUAGAAGGAUGUAUGUAUGAUAUCGACCAAUCGGCAGGACAAUAUUCAUAGUCGACCUUUCUCCAGCACCCAAACUCAAACCACAGUGCAGUGUCGCGGAAUCGAGUUGCCUGCACCAGCUUUUUUUAAUCGCACCUCUGGAAUUACAGCACCGAAGUUGAGCGCUAAGCCACCUCCACAAACACGACUUCUUUCACGACCACCGGUCCAUGUCGCUCCAGGUGUGAACGACAAAGUUUCUACAGCUGGUGCCGAAAAAAAGAAGGAUCAGUAAUUGAAAGAUGAAUAAUGUCAAUGUAUGCACUACGCAGACGACCCUGAUCCUGUUCGCGCGAAAGUAGGUAACUGUGCCAAUAAUGAAUUGCCUUCAUCUAUGAAUGUGUUACGAACGGAUUACAUUUUUUGCAGGGUCAUCUAUCAAUCAAAAAAUUCAGAAUCACCUUAUAACAGGGACGACGCCAGUGAUAAUGCCGGUGAGAAGAGUACGGAAGAUGGUAUCAAAGCUGGGACGCUGUCCGUUCGCGGUGCUGAAGUUCAAGGGGGACAGACACCAAGAGAGAUUAUUAAGAUUGCGGAACACGUUAUUUCUUCAGGCACAGGCCUGAUUCGGAGUGGUGGCGCUCCACUGACGCUUUCGGGUCGCAGCACGUUGAACGGUUCCGGAAGUCUCUUCAACGUCCUGCAGCUUCCGCGAUUUACGCCAAGCCUAGCUUCUAGAACGCCACUUCUUUCCGGAAGAGAGGCGGGACUUGCGCUCCUUUCUCGCGAGGGCAGCUCCGCCGCAGUGCCUGCCGUUUCGUCUGCUAGAAACGCAUCGGGAGCAAAUGUGACACAAGUACAAGGACACGUCAGCGGAUCUCCAAAGAAACUAGAUGGAGCGGUCCCACAACAACGAUCCACUAGUAGUAGUACUGCGACCACUCGCAUUCUUCCGACAGCCUCUUCGAGUAAAGGUAGUACUUUAAGGUCAUCCAUCGCCGGAAUUCUUGUAUCCCCAGAGACCGCUUAUCCUUUUCCAUUUUUAUCGCCAUUUUUGAGUGUUAAGAAAUUGGACCGAGGUAAGUAAAAGUAUAGGUAGAAGUAGGAUCAUGCUAUUAGAGCGGACGUGAGUGCGUUCAAAAACUCUAAAAACCGUUUUGCCAGCUGGGUCACCUUUAGCCAGCAGCACGAUAACUGGCGAAAGCCUAUCGCCAGAGAGGGAGGAACUAGGAUCUCGUGCGCAGCAGCAGUUCACAAGAGUCUCAAAUGCUCAUGGUGGAGGAAUCGGAGGAGGCAACAAUAUCUUCACGCAUUUUUUGAGGCCUGUGAAUACUUCUAGCACUGUUUGGCCGCCAUCGUCCUAUCCAUCAUCGACAACAGGAGGAUUAGCCGGAUCCUUGGGCUCGGAUCAAGAGGAAAAACAGAAAUUGCACCACAUAGAACAAGCCAUUUUAGAACGGAAAUACAGAGAAAAACUGUUGGCCCAACAAGGAAAACAAACAGCAGGUGGAACCAGAAAUCAAAUCAAACUUGGAGCACAGCAGCAGUUACGAACAAACCUCUAAUCUAAGUAUUUGGACGAAAGAUUUGAAGACAAUUUUUCUCAACCCCAACUACGCACAUGAACAUCAUGCUCAACAACUGUAACGAGUAAUACUGCGACUCGUUACUCCUGUUACGCAGUAGUUGUAUACUCGAUUUCACUACGACCUUGGGCUUGAGGUGCAGACGGCCACACAUCUAUAAAUAUUAAUAUCUUGCUGUUCUGUUUCUGUACCCUGCAGUCUAUAUUAAGAUGGUGUGGUGUUCUGCACCCUGUAGUCAAAGUUUGGUGUCUUGUCUAAAAUGUCAGCCAGUGGCAACAAAACUGCAGCUUGCGGUGAAGAAGCCUGUCCUUGGUGCGCCGCUUCUUCAACCUUCUUCGACGUCUCAAAAAGUCGAGGGAAGAGAGGAUGCGAGUAGCGCAAGCGAGUACCCGUACUACGAAUACUAAGGCCCGUUGUUUGAUGUAGUCGCGCCAUCCUAGUUCUUCGGACGAUACAAAUGCAUGCUAGAAGGUGCAGUUCAAUUUUCAAUUUAGUGCCUUGAAAGAAAACGGAAAGACCUAUCUUCAGGCGGCAGGACUUCAUUUCAUCAAACAGUUUCUCUAUGAGAAUGAGAUGCCAUUUCUCGUCUAUUAAGUAGUUUAAUCUUUCGUAAGCUUGUUGUGUCUCAUGUUUUAACGUCUGCCGAGCUCUAAACUUUCUACUAUGGGAAUACAACCGAGGCCAAGUCUGCAGACGGCGAGGAAGAGGGAUACGGGGAGCUCAGCAGAGGUGAGGGGAGCUUUCACACUGGUGUUGAAUAUCUUCGAGCAAAACGUUCCGAGACCCUAGACACAAGUCCCGCAACAGCGUCAGCUUAGAAGUGCUGAUUAGCAUGCAAUUGCAAAUGGACAGGCGUACAUUUUUUUUUAUAUUCUAAUGCUUUUGCUUUUAGGCCGAAUCAUCUUUUUUUCAGAGUCAAUGAAUCUAGAUUUCUGUUUCUUGAAGAUUCAAACCACAAGCUGAACUGCGUGAUCACAAAAUGAGAACACUCCUACCUACAUUAUGACUAUUUUGUAUACUCACAUGUUAUACCAAAUUCACAAUCAUGAAGGAGAAAUAGAAGUAGAAGAAUGCUCCACCAUCGCAUUCAUCACUAGCGUCAGGGAUCAGUGGGAUCCAUAGUUCAUAAGCAUAGAGUUAAAAACAUCACAUUACCAUAUUGAAUGUUAAGGACGGAAACUGAUCGUGGGUAAAAGUGAACUACCUAUUCGUGAACAUUUCACAGCACAUAUUCAUUGAUUCUUUUUCGUAAGUCAAAGUCAAAGUGAUGCUGCUCCCACUAUACCAGCAUGGACAUUCUGAUCGAUAUAAGAUUCCUUACAUAAUAGAGAGAGACACACAUACGUCAUCCUACUUCAUGCUGCCAUUGAGUUACUACAGACACAAUUUCGUAACCUAUACAUAGUAUGAUUUUCGUAUGUAGUCAGAAAAUAAGGUGAAGUACGAAAACUUGACACUUUUACCCACUUAGUUACUGUUGCUUGUACUUCUUCUUCAUCUUACUACUUAUACAGUCAGGCUUUUUGCCUUGUUUUCAUUAGUUUUGGUCUCGUGGCUUCCGGAAGUAAGGAAGAAACGAUGAUGGAAAGAAACGAAUGUCGCACAACAGGAUGACAGUUUACUUGCUACUUGAGAAGAUCUAUUGCCAUUAUUUUUUCACUAUGUCAAUCUAAGAAUGAAUGUACCUGUACGGCGUCAGCAUAAUAGCAGAUGCAGACUCGCUCCUCGGUGGAAGGCAUUUAUUAGAAAUAUAAUCCCUUUCUUCAUUUCAAUUUCUUUAUUUCUUUUUUUUAUAGGACGUCAUAGCUAGUAUCGAGAGCAUGAAUGUUACAUUUUCACAGUAGAGACGUAACUUCGCCAAUGACAUGAAAAGGAAAGAGGCAAAAGCAAGUAGAAAUGUUUUGCAAAUAUUAAGCAUCUUACCGCAUUAAUGUAUCAGGAGUACGAGCACGAUUUUGAUUUACAGACGAUGAUAAAAAGGUAGAAAAAUAUUGUUGGAAGUAUACGACGAACAAAUUUCGUUGAAAAGCAGGAAUAGAUGCCAAUCCUUGUGGUGGUGGUUUGCAGAUCGUGGGUAACGAGGUACAAGGUCAAAAACGCGUCAAAACGACCUUCAUCUUCAUGUUAGACCA